AUGCUCGCCCCACAGCUCCUGAGAGCAGCCGCACCGGCAGCGCGCGUGCUCCCACGCCGUUGCGCAGCGUGCUCGUCCUCCCUCCCUCGCCGUCCAUGGCCUUCCCCGCACCCUCGCCUGUUCACCUCGAGCGCGCCCUGGUCGCUCCCGCCCAAGCCGGCGACUGCCGCAGCCAAGGGCUCGCGUGUCGUCAAGGACGAGGACAUCCCGCACGAGGUCGUCGUGCUCGUCGACCCGGCCACCAAAGGCCUCCUCCCUCCCUCGACCCUCGCCGGCCUCCUCGCGUCGCUCGACCGCACUCGGUACGCGAUCCAGCUCGUCGACGCUGCCCACGACCCGCCCAUCUGCCGCAUCCUCGACAAGAAAGAGCAGUACCAGCGCGAGAAGGACAAGAAGGCCAAGGCGCAGGAGCGCGCAAAGGCCCCGGCGACGACGCCCGGUGCGGGAGGCGGCGCGCCCAAGGAGGUGCACCUGACGUGGGGCGUGUCGGCGCACGACCUCGAGCACAAGCUCAAGAAGGGCAAGGAGAUGCUCGCGCGCGGCAAGCGCGUCCUCGUCUGCCUCGGCGACAAGAAGCGCGUCGCCGUCAAGGCCAACCAGGACGUGCGGCAGCAGGUCAUUCGCCAGAUCCAGCAGGAGCUUGCGGGCGCAGGCGAGCUGUCGGCGCGCCCGGCGAACCGCGAGGGGCUCGUCGUCCUCGACUUCAAGCCGGUUGCCGCCGCCGCCGCCGCCGCCGCCUAG